AUGAACAACAGAAAAGAAGACACAGAUGAUAUAUUCCUAAAUGAAGACACUAAACCAAUUACAGAAUUACAAGUUGAAAAUUUAAAAAAAAAAUUUAAAUCAUUAAUUACAUCGUUAAUAUUAUUAUUCCCUUCGUUAACUAUAACGGCUAUAUAUGCAGUUGUAAAUAUCCCAUUAUUGAAUCUGGAUUUAAAUAAUUUGAAAAAUGAAUUGAAUGAUGUUAAGGAGUUGAUUAAAAGUACUUGA